AUGACUAGCGACUGCAAGGAGAACGAGGACAACCCCUGCCCAGUGGGUUAUGGCUGCGGAUGCGACGCCUCCUCGAACCAAAUGCUUUUUACCGCAGCCUUGGGCGCCUCUAUGCUCACUGAGACGGUGCAGAACACUAUGAUCCUCGGCCCCGCCUUCGUGGCGACUUGCGAAACCAUCGCGCUGGGGGGCGCCGCCUUUACCGGGGGCUUGUCUUUGGGCCUGGUGCCUUUGUGCCCCAUCCUGGCGCCGCUCUUCUUCCUGAUGCUGUCGCCCUUCGGGUCGGAUGUGCUUCUGGCCUUCAUCUUCGCCUCCAUCGUCGGGGGCCUGAACAAGUGCGGCUGCAUACCACUGGAGUGUUCCUCGAGCUCCCUGAUCCAUAACAACGUUUGUGCCUUGCACCACCCCCAAGGGGAGGAGGAGGAGAUGCUGAACCCCUACCACUUUGUCCCCCCGCCCAAGAAGAAGUGUGCCCCGGGGACCAUCGGCUGUUCCCUGCAGCAGUGCAAUGAGACUGAACUGAGCACUGCCGAGAUGGGCUGGCAUGCAGAGGGCGGAAGGCUCUACGGGCGCCAUGUGGGCAUCUACAACUGCAAGGCGGGCCCCUGGAACGCCAGCGACGGCCUGAGCGCCUUUGACCACAAGGCCUUCAUGGAGCAGCACCAGGACUGGGAGGAGCUGAAGGAGAACCUGGUGCCGCAGGUGCAAGCACCCAAGAAGCUCUCCUUCCUGCAGGAGUCGAGUCGAGUCGGGCAGGUUGUCCAGUAA